AAGCUUCAGCCGCCUAAAAUACACAUGGAACCUGCCAUUGCAGAAACUUUGAAAAGUAAUGCUGUAUCAACAGUGUAUUUACAAGGAUAGACAUCAGUACUUUGACGUUGAAAGGUCACCUCAUCAGACAGACACUGGAGCUUUGCAGGCAUUAGCGCAUGGCGAGUAAAUAUGCAGGGACAGACUAUACCGACCCCCGAUAAGUGCAACACCACGGUGUGGGCUGGUGGGAAGAAGAGAUUGAUAUGAUGCUCCGAUAAGUGGUCCAUCCCUUUGUCCAUGCAAACCCCCUUAGAAAGGGCCCGUGGUCAACUUUAUUUCAUCUUUUCCGUUAAAAGUUGCAAGAACCACAAGAAAUGUGCAAUCAACCGACAAAGAUAUCGAGCGGCUGUUCUGAAAGUUUAAGGAUUUUUUCAUGUUUUAAUGUAAACUGUUGCUAUCUGCAAGAAAUAUGUAAACCUAGUUCUGAUCAGUCCUGGUCACCUGAGUGCUUGGUUAGCAGCGAUGAGGGGAAACAAGCAUUUAAAAUGUUACUGUCAUCACCACGAAUACGAACAAGUCAAACCGGCCAAUCAAUGUGACAUUUCUAGAAAUGCUGGUGUUUCGUUAUUUCUUCAGUCUAGCUGGGAAAUUUGUUAUCCAGAUUUUAGAAGACGUCGUCUAUUGUGGGAAGAUAAUGACCAAGACAAUUUUGUCUUCCGUCAGUUUCAAUGUCCGUGGAGGAAACGGAGCGCUUUCAUUCAGUUUGCUAAAAUGAUGACGCAGAUUGCGGCAUUUUUGUUCCUUAUAUCACUGACCGCGAGUUGUCAGAACACGGAAGGGCCACUAUAUUACAUGGAGCACGAUCUCUGUCCUUUAGACUGUACGUGUUGGAACUAUAACGAACAUUCCCCCCAACAUGAUAUUUCAGCCCAAUGUACCGUGGUAUCUUGUAUACAAGGUAUAUAUACAACGUGGCCCACACGGUUACCACGUAACACGGUGCGGCUUAUACUCGAAGAACAUCAAAUCGAGCAUCUGGCCUCGGUGCCGCAUUUUAUAAACAACACCAAAUUCCGUAUGGCCUCUGCCAAUUUAACUUCAAUCAAUUUGUCCGGUAACCACAUGCAACGUAUCGACCAGGACGCAUUUCUAUCAUUUUCAUCGCUUAGACAUCUAAACCUCAGCCAUAACCGGUUAGAAGAUCUUUCCUGGACCGUUGGUUUGGACGCUAAACCACUAACGUCACUCGAUGUUUCGCAUAAUUCAAUCACCGUUAUAACUUCAACAUCGCUGAAGAAGCUGGCCCACUUGAAAUGGUUUUCAAUCAGCGACAAUCACUUAGUGUUGAUUGAACCGGCAUCAUUUCGGAGUCUCACAAAUUUACGUUACUUGGAUUUGUCUUUUAAUCAACUGAACACUAAAUCUGGACUUGGACAUGAUUGCUUCACUGGUUUAAAGAGUUUAGAUUAUUUUUCGCUUGCUGGUAACAGAGUCAUGGCAAAUCUACCAAAUUUUAAAUCAAUUGGUUUAUUGGGAAACUCCACCGUUUCACUAGAGCUGCAUGGGAUGCCACUAAUUAAAGAGAUCAAACGCGACGCCUUUCGAGGAUUUAGGAGUUUGCGAUAUUUGAACCUAAGUUACUGUGGGAUUGAAACUAUUCAACCUGGCUGGCUGGAUAACGGACCGCAAGAUUCAAUUAAAACUCUGGAUCUUUCGUAUAACCGACUUGUGGUGGUUGAAUCACAUUUCUUUCUCAGUAUCAAGUUGGAUCCCGUGUUCGAUGCUCCAAUGACGUUCGGUUUACCUUUAUCCGAAUCCUCUCUAUCAUACAUCGUGUCUCCGUCCAUCAACGAAGCAGUUGCUGACUUAUCAAGCAGCGCAUUCUCAUACCACGUCACUACUGUAGCCAGUCCAGCUCUAUACAAUAAACUUCCGCGUUUAGAGUGGCUUUCACUGCGAAAUAACCGCCAUUUGUCCUUCUUGGCGGACGACGCCUUCACUUACGUCCCUGCGUUGAAAUACCUCUUCUUACAGAGUUGCAACUUGACGAGAAUAAACCUCGCAGCAUCAAAAGACAUUUACAAAGACGAUGGCGUCAUAACCACCUUACCGAAUUUGGCCCAAGUUUGGUUCUAUAACAACCCAAUCUUCUGUGAUUGCCACGUACGGGCACUCAGGCACUCGCUUUCAACAGAUAGUUUCAACUCUAAUGGUUGCCAAGCAAUGCCUUCAAACACCACCGGCGUAGUACUUGAUAGUCACAACUACUGGUACGAAAACCAGUGCAGACUAGUUAUACCAUCCGGGAAAUCACUCUGUAAUCUUCCGCAGAACGUCUAUAUUUAUUAUCCCAUCUCCACUGUCCCAAUGUCGUACUUAAACUGUCCCGAAGAACCGAUAUCACUCAUCGUUGCCUCCCUGAUUGGACCAAUUACGUUCGCAAUUUCUAUAUUCCUUGUCAUGUUUUGCGGCUCCUGUAGCGUUCUUGUACAUCGGAUCCGACGUUACAAGUCUGGUGUGUACCACAUCAUAAGUGAACAACGGGCAUUGCGUUCAUCAGAAUCUACCAGCAGUGACGCCCAACAACGCAUAUUACCCCAACGGAGCUACCUUUCAACCGAAUUUAAACCGAGCUCAACCGUCAACCCACAAUCCGGUCUCACUUCCCUGAGCAAAACACGAAAAUUGCCUCCAAAAGAACCUUCUUCGGGCGGAAGGGUUCAAUACAGGACCAAUCUAGUCCUGAGUAGCAUGGCAAGAUCAGGCGAGAACCUUGCUUCAAAACAACACCGUCCAAGUUCAAGCUCCAGCUCGACUUGUAGUGAUGCUGCAUUCAAUAAGGAAGAUACAGAACAGUGUACAUCAUGUUCAAAGUACCAACAAAACUCACAAAACAACAACUCGCCGGAGUGCCUUCAUAAAGCAACUAAUUUAUCCGACAAAGGUUUCCACAGCUGUCCCAAUGUUUUCGAGGAAAAAAGGCCUAAAAAAACAGCUUUUUGGAAACACAAACUUCCAGUUCCACGCCCAAAGCAGUUUGAAGGCGAUAUUGAAAUGAUGGAAUUUUUACGACAUUCUGAAUCCAGUAACAUUCCGUUCGUGGAUGAUUCGGAAUCUGAUCGUUCAGGUCUUGAAUCAUCAGGCAAAGAGAAACCUCUACUGUCUGCGGUAUUGGGGAAGGGAAGUGUGGAUAAUACUCCUCCUUCUCGGGAAUUCGAGCAUUUAUUAACGUAGAUAGUAAAUCUUAAUUAGGGAAUUUAUGGAAUGUUUUGGGCAAUUACAUUGAUUUCUACUAAAGCACGAACGAAUUUUCUGUAUAUUGAUAGUUUUGAUUUACUGCAGCCAUCAUGCAAUUUAAUUUAGCUUUAUUUUUAAGCUAUAUUUCUGUACUUAUUUAGUUAUAUUUUUGAUUUUUUGACAAGCCACAUUUUAUCUAUUCUAAAACGUUUUGUUUGAGACAUUCCAUUUUAAACGUGGUGCUGUAAUAUCUUAAUUUCUUUCCUGUGAUUUCUUUCUAAUUAUUGCCAAUACAGUAAUUUUAAAAUUUAGAAG